AUGGCCGGUCACCCAGCAUCUCAUUUAGUUUCACCUCCACCAAGCACAUCACCACGGGGCAGACACAUCAAUUAUACCCCAAAGUCAAACUCACAGUCUCCAAUUAGAGAAAAGUACGGACACAACAUAAGUGGAAAAGGAAACUUUCCAACGAUGGAUGAAGAUGAUUUGAGAUCCAUCAUUUCGUCACCUAAUUUGACACCGGACCAGCUAAGGUCGAUAUCGAAAAGUCCAUUAGCUCGAAGAAUGCACGUUGUUGCGUCCAAUCCAAGCAAUGACAGGUAUGUGAUUCCAAUUCCACUAACAUUAAGACUUCCCCCUAGAUUAAGCUCACCACAAGCGCCUCCAAAUGACCAGUGUUCUGGCUCUCCGUUGCCAUCGCUGGUGUAUUCCCCUACCAAAUCAAAAAGACAAACAUUAGUUUACACAUCUCACGGGUAUGAGAAAAUCGAUGUUUCGCUGGCAUCGGAAGAUGAACAAGAGGAAGUAGCGCCUCCUCCAGUGCCAGAAAAACCAAGCCUAGCUAAAAAGGCACAACCUCCCUCGGUUGCCACGAAUAAAACCAAAUAUCUGAAGUUGGCAUUUCCAAAUAAAGAGCCCGAUGAGUUGAGUAUGAUUGAAGAAAUGUCUAAUUUUGGUUCACGAAAUUCAAGUAUAGCAAGAAUUGCAAGCAAUAAAUUGAAGCAUGAGCUUGGUAAGAGACUACCGAAUUUGCCAACAGAGAUGGAAGUACUUGAAUUGAAAAAUGAAGGUUUAUCGCCUCAUGAUGCAUACCAAGCAUAUAAAACUUCUGCCAAAGUUAAAGAAGAAAGAGGUCAGAAAGAGACGCCGAUUCAUGUGCCACUGAAUGACAAGCGUCCAGAAGUUAAUGCCACCGACACAUUUUCACAAGUUCCUGUGUCUCCACGGAAUAUCGCAAAACAGUCCCAUAAUCGACGCUUUAGUGAAACCUCACAAGUUUCGAGUGUAAGCUCAUUCAGUUCUGCUGGUGCAUUUGAGCUAGCCAAUUACGGUUAUAAAGCUGGGCCUCAUGGGAGACUUGCAUUUGCCAAGAGCGGGGACCAAAACAACUAUCCACGUUUGGAAUUGGUUGAUUCUUCUUGCAAGCCACAUCAUAUUGUUGACAGAAAAGUUUCUGAUGCGAGCCAGUCAUCUAUGAGCUCAUCAAAUAGUUGGAAUUCAUUACAACAAUCAAUUGACAUUUCUUUGAAUCGAGGACUGGAAGAACCACAAAACCACUCGUUUGUGGAAAAGAAUAGUUCAGAGCGAGCGGAUAGUGAGAGUCAUUGGUCGGAUGUUAGUCCUACAGAUAGCGAAGAAAGUUGCGAUGAAGUCAGUCCGCUCAAUAUAACAAGACAAAAUACAAGUGCUACUUCAGCGUCAAUGAAGAGCCUAGUUGAUAAGGAAGUACAGGACAACAAUGACACAGAUUUCGAGCACAAAGGAGCUGGGGUUGCAUUUGCUUUUCCAAACAAUUCAAGAAAUAUCACCAAUAACAAAACUCUCAAACUGAAACUGGUGGACGAUGAUACAAAGAGUGUAAAGUCCAGAUUCAGUUUUUACUCAAAUGGACAAAUUGAAAUACCUGAUUUGGCAAAUGGGAAAGUGAUGGACCAAUAUUCUUCAAAAACACCAUCUAGUUACAACGAAACUGUAUUUUCGGAGAGACAUACCGAAACAUCGGUCUCUGACAUGGAGCAGGAGGAUCAUGAUGCAAGAAAAAUUAGGGUUCCAAGUCGGGAUGCAUUGCGCCAUUUUCAACAACAAUUCCGACUAUACUCUGCUGGUGACGACUCUGAUAAUGAAGCCACGUUGAAACCGUCUACCCUAUACGCUUCUCCUACAAUUUCCAAAACAGCACCGGAUUUACAGUGCAACUUUUCCCAAGCUAGACCAAAACCAGCCUCACCUAUUAGACAUAGGAGGGGUAAGUCCAUGUACAAUAUCGAUUUCAACUCACUGGAAGGUCCUCAGCCAGAACAAUUCCAAUUGCAUCAAAAAUCGAAGUCAACAGGUUUCAACUCUGGAAUGAAAGCAUCUAUGGGGCCUCACUUGAAUAAACGCUCAACUGCUGUUCCAAGAAAUACUAGCUCUUAUAAGAGCAACACUCACCAUGAAUCAAAAAAUGCAGUUCCUGAAAAGCUAAACAUUCGAGUUGCAGAGCCACCGGAGACAGUAAAUUAUGCUGUCGACUUUAAAGUGAACAACACCAAGGAUAGUGAUUUUGGAAACAAUUAUACCACUCCCAGGGUCAUAGACAAUCAUCACGCUUUUAAAUCUAGACACAAGUCAGUAAAGAGGAAAUCACUAUCAGUGUGCUCGAGUCAAAAAGACGAUUCUGAUGUCGAAAGUGUUGUUAUCGAUAUGACUGAUGACAAGUACAAUAUUGUCACAAUCCAACGGAGUAACUCCACCAUAUCGUAUCGGUCGGUUACAGAAAAGCACAAGGGAAAAGAAGUUGAAGUUAUUCUUCUUGAUGACGAUGAAGAAACUGAAGGCAAUCCAAGCGAAUCUAAAAGGAACGAAGGCGAUGAGACUGAUGAUGAGUUGCUUAGCAUUUAUUCUAAAUACAGAAAUGAUUCAUGGUUAUUUGGGUCCAAAUCACUGAAUAAUAGUGAAGCAUCUUUUGAUUCCAAAUCACAAAAUUCAAACCAAAAUAUUAAAUCGAAAAGAACAGAAAAGUCAGAGAAACUACAAAGCUUACGUUCAUUAACAACAGCUGGAAGGAUCGUACAUGAGCUAAACAUGAAAAGAUCAAAUACAACAACCUCGUCCAACACAUCAUCUACUACUAGAAACAGAGAGAGAAAAUAUCCAUCAGAUGCUCCACCGAAGAACCCUACAAAUAGAGUCAGUACAUCUUACUUGGAUGACAAGUAUUUUGACUACGCAAUGAAUGGAAACUAUAAUUUUCAGACAUUUAUGAAUGAGAGAAUUAAUUAG